GGCGUUUCAUCCGUAGACGUCUGUUCCUGGGGCUGCACGUGGCCGACGACUGCCGGUUGUUCUACGGUGAAUUGCAGCUCCAGAAUUGCGACCUGCGGCGCGUUCUUUGCAAGAGAUACGACGAAUCGCGCGUGGAUUGCAGGCUGAAUAGCGGUUCAAUCGCGGCGGAAUUUCACACCAAGGAAACCAAGGAUUCUGAACGAUGGUGAACGGAUGGUGUUCCUAUCGGACGGGACGACGGGGGACCAAUAGGCAGCGCCGGCUGCAACGUGAUGGUUUCACUGUGCGACAUCCAUCCUAUCUCUGCACCAUGAUAGAACUCUGCUGAGCGGACUGACUGUGGCAUCUAUCGCUCGUUUGGAAGAGGGAAGGAGUGAGAAGUGCAGUCCAGACCCUGAAGUCCUCUUCUUGUCGUGCUUGGCAGCCAGACGAGGAGCAGAAGUAGAAUUUGGUCUAGUGAAAGAGCGUCUCGAACAGUGAUAAUGAUCGGCACUUCCCUAUUUGGUAUUGGUACCAUUGGUAUGGCUACCGACACUCCAGCUGCAUGCAACGGUAGGCCCCCCGAUUUACCAAACGGAAGUGACCUCGUCCGCACUUCUCUGAGAGGGCGGCGACCUGCAAUUACAACUUAUCUUUCCACCGCCCUAAUCUCGAACUCCAGUCGGACGUCACCGGAACUAUGGAUUCUCCGCCCUCCUCGUCCUCGUCCCCGUCUAUUCAUGCUCGCUGUACAGCCUGGUAGACUUCCUUCCGUCUAUUAAGACCGGCACUCGAUGUGAUGCGACUGAAAAUGCCCCUCAAAAUCUGCACCCCAUCCGUCAUGACUAUUAUCCGAGCCGGCUGAAAGGCAGACCGCGCCAUGUUAACAAACACUUGAGACUGGACGCCUCGUUUUCAACAACUCUUUGAGACUCUGGCCACUCUGGCUUUAUUUCCGAGUCGUAAAUCAAGCUCUCGACUCUGGCCGGUGGCCAGUGAAAUGGUUUCCAUUAGCAGCACCUGCAGCCAGUUUUAUUUAAGAUUCCGAAAUUUGGGUCAACAACUCGCUGCUCAAUCUUACACCGGGCCGAUCACCCGGUCAGGAGAUCUUUGAGAACGCAGUUCUUGCUGUCAAUUUUGCAUCACACCUUCAUCACAAACCCCGCCUGCCCCGCAUGUUGUGUUACUUCGCGCGCGGCUUCCGCCGCAUUCUCUCACAUCUGCUGGACGUCUUCCGAUCGGCACCUCCCGGCAAGCAGCCUGUGCACUCGAGCCGGCCAGGAGGUCGCCGCCGUGGCUUCUUCGUAGCCCAGUAGCAUUGCGAAACCUUGACCGCGUGAUGUUUUAUUUAUAUGCGUUCGACAGUCGAUGCGAGAAAGAAUCUUUCGAAGCCCUGAAAGAUCUGCCAGAGCCCUGCCGGCUCAUCAUGUGCCGACGAUGUUUUUCAGCCAGUACCGCGGAGAGUCGAUGCUGGGGACCGGCGAAAAGGUGGAUGGAAGGCAGCGGGGAGAGUAGACCCGUGGAGGCGGUACCAAGUGGGCGGUGUCUUGUAGGGCCUCGAGGAUGCCGAGUAUGUGACAAAGAGCCAAUGCCCCAAUAUAUUUCUGGGCCGAGAUCUCAGAACCGCAGAGCCGUCAACGUUGGACAGCACACGCAGGAAAAUUGUAAAAGUCUGUGCGAUGGAGACUUGCCGAGCCGACGAGAAGAUCCGAUGGAUAGCAACACAUAGCCGCCGGGGACAUCGGUUGCUCGCCCUGCCCGGGCUCUCGUGAAUCGCAGUCAGAAUCCUCGCAAAUGUACGGUGCUCGCUAUGUCAGAAUGUACGCGAAUGAUGGCGGUUCUCGGAGAUCUGAUACCCCGCAUCCCACAUCGGAUCCUCGUCCCGACGGGCCGGAAUUCGACAUGCGUCCGAUUCAGUCGCAAAGGUAUUCUGUUUUUCGUGUACAUUGACUUGGAGGUGUGUGUAUCGAGGUGACUCAAAGUUUCCGUAACGGGAGCCACACAAGGCACGAGUCGAAGAAUUCGAAGCAGCCCCGAUAUAAGCUCAGAGCAUCUUUGUUUGCCCCAUUGUUUGCCCCAGCAAUAUUUCUGUCUGAUCAGAUCGAACACUUGUCACGCGAAUCCUGCUCGGAUGCUCGGUCCGGUCUGUUCUGAAACUGGACUGUAUAAAACGCGCCCCUCAUGCAGAAUCUACCUCAAAUCUCGCAAAAUGUCCCCCAUGGCCCUGUCCUCGCAAACCGCUGCCGUUCUCUAUGGUGCCAAGGACCUCCGCCUUGAAGACCGCACCCUCUGGCCUCCUCAGGCAGGCCAGGCUCAAGUCGCCGUUCUCGCGACUGGCUUGUGCGGGAGCGACCUCCACUACUAUCUCCAUGGACGCAACGGCGAUUUUGCUCUGCAAGCUCCACUUGUUCUCGGCCAUGAAUCGUCCGGUGUCGUCACUGCACUGGGGCCGGGUGUGAAAAACCUCGUCGUGGGCCAGCGCGUCGCUAUCGAGGCCGGGGUCAUGUGCAACAAGUGCUCCUACUGCGACUCCGGGCGCUACAAUCUAUGCAAAGACAUGCGUUUCUGCAGCAGCGCCAAGACGUUCCCCCAUCUGGACGGCACUCUCCAAACGCACAUGAACCACCCUGCCUCUCUGCUCCAUCCUCUUCCAUCCGGUUGCUCCUUCGAGCAAGCCGCUUUGGCAGAGCCCCUAUCUGUGUUAUUACAUGCCGCACGUCGGUCCCAACUUUCCCAGGGGCAGUCCACGCUCGUUUUUGGUGUCGGUGCCAUCGGACUGCUCGCUUGCACUGUUGCCAAGUCCAUGGGGGCUUCGCGCGUCGUCGCCAUCGACAUCAACCAAACGCGAUUAGAUUUCGCCAAGGAGCACGGCUUCGCAAGCGAGACGUACUGCCUGCCCAUGACGGACCGACCGAAGACGGCAGAGGACCAGCUGCGCCGCUCUAAAGAAACCAUCCAGCUCGCGCUUGAAAAGUUCGGAGAGACCGACGGGUUUGACGCUGUAUUCGAAUGCACCGGAGCAGAGCCUUGCAUACAGAUGUCCGUCCACGCCGCGAUCGCAGGGGGUAAAGUGAUGCUCAUCGGGAUGGGGUCUCGGAACGUUAUGCUGCCCUUGUCCAAUGCGGCUACACGCGAGGUCGACAUUCUCGGCUCUUUCCGUUAUGCCAACACGUAUCCCGCUGCUCUCGCAUUGCUGGCAGAGGGCAAGCUUGAUGCUGUCGACAAGCUCGUCACCCACCGCUUUGAGCUUUCCGAAAUCGGGCAUGCAUUCGAUCUUCUGGCAAAGGGCAAAGACGAGGAGGGCAACAUGGUCCUCAAGGUCAUCGUUGGCCCCAACGCACCCAGUCCCAGCUCUACUCCCAGUCCGAGUCCUUGCUCCAGCCUCAGCUCCAGCCCGUAGGACACAGCCCCUGCGUCCUCUGUAUUCCCUCCGUCGUUCCUAGACCUCUCGGUAUCUUCUCUGUGCAAAUCUAGCUGCAUCUUCACUGCAGUCGGACUCUCUUACGUAGAUGGAUGGAUUGGCUGCAUCUUCUAUCUAGGACUAUACCUAUGUUUGACAUCUCUACCAAAACCUGCAAUGUAUUUCUAUGGCAAUCUCCGUGCUUUGUCGUGCAUCACCCGAGGACACAACUCUCCCAUAACAAUACAAUGUCUCAUUAA